GGUGGAGCUUGCGCGGCAAAGUCCCAAUUUCAGCACUCCCAUUUAAAAUUUGAAAGUCACGGUGCUCGAGAUCUCUUUCAACUUGCUGAAUGUCGCUUCCAACUGAAAUCUUGCAAGAGAUCAUAUCACAACUAAAUCAAGCGACGUUAGCUAAUUGCACCAGAGUUUCUAGUCAAUUUAGAGCUCUCGCCAUCCCCGUCCUUUAUGAGUCUCCAAGUUUACUGACUGCCGACCGUUUUCGUCGCUUUUCGAGGGACCUAAGUGCUGACAACGCUGUAUAUGUUCACACUCUGGACUUAUCGAUGACAGCACGCCGAUGGGAUAGCAUAAAGGGCCAAGAGAUUGUAGAACUACUAUUAAAAUGCUUAUAUAUAACCCAUUUAGAUCUCGAUAUGUGUAUGGCACUGAGAAAUACAGAUAUUGAAAUCAUAAUGAAAGCCAUUGGAAGGAAUCUUCACUUCCUUUCUUUAUGCUCUUGUUCGUAUUUGAACACACCAAGUGUAGUGUCCAUAGCUACGUACUGUACCAAUCUGCGAGUCAUCAACCUAUCUGGAAUCUGCACUGUGGACGAUCCGGUGGUAGAGCUCGCCUCAAAAAACCCACACCUGGAGACAGUGAACCUGGCAGAUUGUAAUCACAUUACAGAAAAAUCUGUGAAGGCGGUUAUGAAAUGCCCUAAGCUCAAAUACCUCAACAUCGAAGGUUGUCAUGAUGUAUUGGACUUUGAAUCCGAUUCGGAAAGCGGUCUACCUCAACCAGAAUGGGAAACCGAAGAUGAAGAUGACGACGAUGGGGAAGAAGUGGAUUAUGAAAUCGAAAUAAUAUCGGACUCAGACUAUAACUAUGACAGCAUCAACAGUGAGGACGAGGAAGAUGAAGAUUACAGCGUGUAUUCAUCCGACGAGCGCAGCGAACAAGCAGCCUGCGAAGCAAUGAGAGAGACGUAGAUGGCGACGGUGAUAAUGUGAAACAUACAGCAUAGGCAUUGUACCAACAUGAAUUGAUGUGGAGGUUAUUCUUUUAAUUACUAUAUGGUCUACUCAUUCAUUCAGUCUCGUCUUUGGGACGAAAUGGUUCUAUGAGCAUCUUGCUGAAUUCUUUUAUAUCCUCAGUGCCUCGGACUUCCUUGGUCAACAGUGGCAUUCUAACAAUGUGGAAAUCCUCGUAAAGAUCAUAGAUCUGGUCCAGAUAUUUCUGCUGCAUCUUAUGGCGCACUCCACAGUGUUCGCAAUUUGAUCCUUUUGUACAUAAAAAAAACGUUUCGUAAAGAAUAAGAUUAAAGACAUAUUAAAACAAUGGCAAAUA